GGGCCCGGUGCGCAGCUCGCGCAGACGAGAGAGAGAGCGCGAGACGCACCAGUUCUGGCUUCGCGCGGAGCAGCAGUGGAACCAAUGGCCGCUGAGCACACACGUUCCUCCCUCUGCUCCCUCACUCUCCUCCUGCCGGCUCCUCUGAACGAUCCUGUGCGCCUCAUCUAGAUGACUGUGACGAGGUACGCUAUGGGAGACCACGCAGGCUGGUCUUCCCUGUAGGAUGGUAGCGCACAGUGCAGUGGAAGACACUUCAGGCACAGCGGAUCACAGAGCCCAAAGGUCCAGGCCCCACCAGCCCACGGAGGCCCACACACACUUCCGCUCCUUCAGGAACGAGGGCGACUUCAGGAUCAUCAACGAGACCACCUCCAUGCUGGAGGAGAGCGGCUUCUACUGGGGACCCAUGACCGUGGAGGAGGCCCAUCACAAGCUGAAGAAGGAGCCCGUGGGAACCUUCUUGAUCCGGGACAGCCAGCAAAAGGACGUGUUCUUCACGCUGAGCUACAGGGCUCCUGCAGGGCCUGCCAGCAUCCGGAUUACCUUCCAGAACUCCAGCUUCAGUCUGGUCGGGAGCAAGGAAUGCUUCGACUCCCUGUUCAAACUGCUGGAAUACUACACCAGCUCACCCAAGAAGAGCCUGGUGCAGCCCUACAGGAAAGUGCGGGUGCAGUCGCUGCAGCAGCUGUGCCGCAAGCGGAUUAUCGAGACGUGCGGCGGGCAGGCGGCCGUGGACGGCAUCCCUGUGAAUCCCAUCCUGAAGGACUUCCUCCUCUCCUUCCCCUAUCGGCUGUGAAGUCCCCACGCAGCGCAUUAAGGCACGGCCGGAAUAUGCGUACGCAAAUACUUGACAGACUCCAAGAGGGCCGGUGUUGUCGUGUGAAGCAGGCACUUUGUAGCACAUUGUCACGAACCAGACUUGAACACUCCGUGGCCAAAGUUUACGUCCACUCUGAAUGUUUACACUAUGCAGGGAGCUCCGCUUCCUCGGACUCUGAUUCUUUUGCUAUGCAAAAAGCUCUAUUUUUAUACCAGUAUUUUUAUAGUAGUAAUAAAUAUAUUUGUAAACCUUUCAAAAACGA